AAUUGCGUCAGCGAGCGGCGACGGCUGGGAGGUGCGACCGACCGGGGCGUGGGGUCCUGGGCGCUCCCGGACUGAGGCCACCUAGCUUUGGGAAGCGAGUAUUCUGGCGGAGCAGAGCGGCGUCUGGGACAAGCGCCUAAACUCAGGGAUCUGAAGUCUUGAGUCUGGCUGGGGUCUUCCGGAGGACUGGGGUCUUAACUCGGAGCUUUAGGCUUGGGUUAUGUCUUCAGGCUGGGCUCUGAGAUGCUGGCCUGAGCCUGGGGUCCAAACAUGGAAUUCCUGACAACCUCCCAACCGCCCCUAGGGCUUCCAGCCAUGGACUUGGAGGAGCCCCGGGACACCCUUAAACCCUCCCAGGAUCUCACCCUGGACUGCCAGUGGGACCAAGCACCAGGAGGCUCUGGCAGCCUGAAUCAGAUGGAACUGGAUGGACCAAGUAUUCAGGACCUGGUGCACCAGUUUGAGGCUCUACCUGGCGAUCUAGUAGGCCUGUCCCCAGAUGUACCCCCGUGCCCCCUGCACAUUGCCACUGGCCAUGGCUUGGUCCCCCAGGACAUCCCUGAUGCCCAUGGCCUCUUGUCUGCUGAGGCUGGCCGAGAUGACUUGCUGAGUCUUUUGCAUGACCAGGGGUGCCCUCCUUCCCAGCCUUUUCCCAAGGAGCCUCUGGACCCUGGUCCUUGCCUGUUGCAGCCCCCUCAGGACCCAGAUGGGGAUACUGGCCCCCAGGAAUGGGCAGAGGAAGCCUCUGCCGAGCGGGAUGGCAGUGAGAGCUCAAGCAGCUCCCCAGAGCCCUGGUUGGAGACGGUGCCUCUCAUUGCUUCUGAAGAACCGCCUGCCAGUGCCCAGAGCCCCAAGACCCUGGCCUCAUACCCUGCCCUCCAGGAGGCACCUGGUCCCUGUGACCACGAAGACCUCCUGGAUGGUGUCAUAUUUGGGGCCAAGUACUUGGGCUCCACGCAGCUGGUGUCCGAGCGGAACCCGGCCCCCAGCAGCCGCAUGGCUCAGGCCCGGGAGGCGAUGGACCGUGUCAAGGCCCCUGAUGGGGAGACCCAGCCCAUGACGGAGGUGGACCUCUUCGUCUCUACCAAGAGGGUCAAGGUCCUGACAGCGGACUCCCAGGAGGCCAUGAUGGACCAUGCCCUGCACACCAUCUCCUACACUGCUGAUAUUGGCAGCGUGCUGGUGCUCAUGGCCCGGCGGCGGCUGGCCCGGCGGCCGGCAUCCCAGGCUCACAGCCAGAGGCUUUACAAGAUGAUCUGCCACAUCUUCCACUCUGAGGACGCCCAGCUCAUCGCUCAGGCCAUUGGCCAGGCCUUUGCUGUGGCCUACAGCCAGUUCCUGCGGGAAAGUGGCAUUGACCCCACCCAGCUGGCCACCCGGCAGAGCCAGGGCGCCACAGGCCCCGGCCAUCUCCACAACGGUGACCUCGACCACUUCUCCAACAGCGAGAACUGCAGGGAGGUGUGCAUCGAGAAGCGCCGGGGUGAGGGCCUCGGCGUGGCCCUGGUGGAGUCUGGCUGGGGCUCCUUGCUGCCCACGGCCGUCAUCGCCAACCUGCUGCACAGGGGCCCAGCCGAGCGCUCGGGGGCCCUCAGCAUUGGGGACCGCCUUACCGCCAUCAACGGGACCAGCCUGGUGGGGCUGUCCCUAGCUGCCUGCCAGGCCGCCAUCCGCGAGGUGAAGUCGCAGACGUCGGUGACCCUCAGCAUUGUCCACUGCCCGCCUGUCACCACAGCCAUCAUCCACCGGCCACACGCCCGAGAGCAGCUGGGCUUCUGCGUGGAGGAUGGAAUUAUCUGCAGUCUCCUCCGGGGCGGCAUUGCCGAGCGUGGGGGCAUCCGCGUGGGGCACCGCAUCAUCGAGAUUAACGGGCAAAGUGUGGUGGCCAUGCCACAUGCCCGCAUCAUCGAGCUGCUCACCGAGGCCCACACCGAGGUCCACAUCAAGACGAUGCCGGCCGCCACCUACCGCCUGCUCACAGGCCAGGAGCAGCCUGUAUACCUGUGAUCGGCACCCCCGCCACCACUGUGCCUUAGCCCCCAGUGGCCCUGGACUCCAUCCGUGGUGCCUCCUCGGCUGCUCACGGCGCCGAAGGACUCUUGGCUCUAUAUUAUUUUCUGGUGUAAAAAUUAAAUGCUUACUGAAUGUG